CAUCAACACUUGGUCUAAUUCCGAAACCUGAAUUAGGAAUUCAAUUUGGAUCGGGAGGUGGUGUACUUGAUCCAUCCCUCACCACUGCAACAACCAAACAGGAUAUCCAACAUUUAAUCUCUCGAGCUCAUCUCUUCCUUAAAGAAACUAGCACUCCGUUAUUGAUGAUUGAAAGUGAAGGAAUUACAGAAAAUGUACCUAGGGAGCAAUGGCGUACUGAUGUUAUUGCUAGAAUCAUUCAAGAAGUUGGAAAGGAAAAUGUUAUGUUUGAAGCGGCUGAUCCGGAGGUUUUUACCUGGUUCGUAAAGAAUUAUGGUGCUGACGUUAAUUUGUUUGUUGAUCAUAGUCAAAUUGUUCAGUUGGAAUGUCUUAGACAAGGAAUCUGGGGAACUUUUGAGACUUGGGGCCGAGUAGUUAGAUAUGCCGAAUGA